GCGCGCGCCUGCAUGUCUACCAACUACUUCGCACUCCUCAAGCAGCGGAGCGGACACCGGGCGCGCUCGGAUUUUACGCUCUUUGAGGCUUUUCCCCGGGAGGAUGAGGAGCGACGGUCCUUCAUCCACACCUCGGUCAAAGUUUUAAACACCACAGAGGAAGAGGAGGAGGAGGAGGAAGAGGGCGCAGGACCCGCAGCAGCAGCAGCAGCUCCGGAGGCGAUGGGAGACUUGGAGUAGAUUCACCCCGCCACUGAAACACCAUGGCUGUGGACGCUGCAUCCAGUUUCAGUUUCUGCAGGCCAGCUGUGGAGUACCGAGCUCUGUCCGAGGACUUCAAGCACCAGCUGAGUCGGCGGACGGGUGGGAACCUCACCUGGCACGAUGGACGUGGACAGAAGACAGCAGGAGGCCGGACGGUGAAGCUGCUGCAGCAGCCGGGCACUGAGGCCCUGCAGUACCGCUCCCAUGAUAAUUAUGGGAUUUAUCACACGAGCCCGACACAGCCGAACCUGAUCCGCCCGGUCGUGCUCUGGUCCCAGCAGGACGUUUGCAAAUGGCUGAAGAAGCACUGUCCUCACAACUACCUGACCUACGUGGAGGCCUUCUCCCACCACGCCAUCACAGGCCGGGCGUUGUUGCGUCUGAACGGGGAGAAGCUGGAGAGGAUGGGUUUGGUUCAGGAGACGCUUCGACAGGAGCUGCUUCAACAGGUGCUGCAGCUUCAGGUGCAGGAGGAGGGACGCAACCUGCAGCUGCUCAGCAGAGCCGGCUCCUUUGGAAGGAUUUCAUAGUCUGACGGCUGGACGAAGUGGACGCUGUGGACUUACUGGAUAUAUGGAAACAGAACAAAACUCAAAUGUGAAUCACACUCGUGGAAUCAACUCGAGUGACAUCCUGACUUUUAUAUGAAACGGAAGUCGGAGGCUUUUCAUUCACCGUGUGCACGAUGAGCAGACGUCAUCUUCAUGGACGGACUGGGAUCUGUGACUGGGAGCUGUGGACAAUCUGUUUCGUCAAUUUAUCUCUCUUCUCUGUUAUUGAAUACAGUGACCAAUCCUCUCUCUCUCUCUCUCUCUCUCUCUCUCUCUCUCUCUC